UGAACUUGUUGGAUUCAGUUCAGACACAAACACCAACAUUAUUCUGGACUGUUUCCUCCUUUAGCUUCAUGAAUAACGUUACAGACGUCUGAAACCUGAGUUCAGCAUGUAGAGAGGCGUUUUGCUGCUUUUAUCUCCCGUUCUUCUGUCACGUUGUUCUCUGCGGCCCUGCCUCAUUGAAAAGCUUAGCUCACUCUUUGCUCUGGAAUAUUCACAUCUUUAACAAGCUCUCCUCAGAGCUGCUGUUCUGCUGACAUCUGCUGGACAAACACAACAACUACACUGGACAGAAAGCGAAACUUCAGAUACAGGAUUUUAAAUGAGUUACUGAGUCAACCCGCUGCACAUUCAUGACAAAGACGUGGUUGUUACUGGAUUUGUUUCACUGUUAAAGACUCUGUCUGGUACCAACAGAACUAUAUACACCAUAGAACUCGUAGGAAGGUGUAUAUUUGAGUUAAAAACAUCGUGUAUAUGUGACCGGCUGAUUAGCGUCAUACCAUACAGCUGUGGGGCGGAACUAAUUGGCGUAGCCGUUGUAGCCAGGGGGGUUAAAUUGAGCGACGGACGUAACUCCAGCAUACUCCUCUUGGAACACGUAUGCGCUGUACAGCAUGCAAAAUGCUGCAUGUGAGUUUUGUAUUAAUACUGUUUGUUCUUUUAAGAGCAGCGGUUUACAGCUGCGGUCCAGAGUCUGCUGACGGUGUCCCUGCUUAGCGGCGGCGUCAUGUUUGUAGGGGCGGACAGCCGAGGCUUUAUAAUCUUCACCUGAACUUUACAAUCCAGACCAGAAAACUCAACUCGUCCAGAGGAACCUUCACAAGAUGGCAUCAACACCAAGAAGACAGUGGAGCAGAGAUUCAUCAUUAAUGAACAAACUUAACAAAGCAGCAACUUCUUUCAUCCAACAGUUUAACACCAGAGAACACAGGAUGAGACACAUCGUGAAAGAGUUACAGAAGAUUUCUAAGAAAGCAGAAACCAUGCAGGGGACAACAGGCAACUUUAAAUUAGCUGCAGCAGUAGGAGCUGGACUUGGACUUGCAUUUCUUGCAGCUCCGUUUACUAAAGGACUGAGUGUAGCUGCUGCUGGAGCUUUAGCUCUUGCUGUAGUUGCUGUUAGUGCACCGGCUGUUAGCAGAGCUGCUACUGCUGCUGUUGGAGUUGUUGCUGCUGCUGGUGGAAUUGUUGCUGCAUUUGGUGGAGGUUUUGCUGUAUUUGGUGGAGUUGUUGCUGCAGUUUGUGGAGUUCUUGCUUUAUUUGGUGGAAUUUGUUCUGCUGCUGCUGUUGAUGAACCUGCUGUUGCUGCUGCUGGUGAAACUGUUGCUUCAUAUGGUGGAAUUUUUGCUUUAUAUGGUGGAAUUCGUGCGGCUGUAGCUGUUGAUGGACCUGCUGUUGCUGGUGGAACUGUUGGUUCAUUUGGUGGAAUUUGUUCUGCUGCUGCUGUUGUUGCUGCUGGUGGAACUGUUGCUGCAUUUGGUGGAAUUGUUGCUGCAUUCGGUGGAGUUCUUGCUGCUGCUGGUGGAGCUGUUGCUGCUGGAGUUGGUGGUGGAGUUGUUGCUGUGCUCGGUGCAGGUCUUGCAGCUCUUGGUGGAGGUGUUGUUGUUGGAGCUGUUGCUGCUGCUGAUGGAGCUGUUCGUGGAGUUGUUGGUGGAGUUGUUGUUGGUUCAAUUAUAACCACAAUGUGGUCAGAAAGUGCAAAGAAAGUAGAAAAGCUGGGAAAAGAAUUUAUAGGAAUUGCUGAAGCACUGAAGAGAACUCUGGAGGAAAUACAGGAGACAUGUGAAAAGUUGGAGAUAGAAGCAGCUGAAGCUCAGUAUGGAAACACUCGGACGACGGAGGAGUUUGAGAUGAUCCUCAGACAAGUGUCUGGACUAAAGGAGGUCGUGUCUGAGUCACUGCCUAAGGUAACUUCAAAUCUGCUGACGUUCACUGUUAGUGUCCUCAAACUCACUGAAACCCCUGAGGAGGACAGGAAGAUAAGAUACGCCAUCAUCCAGUCAGCUGAUCACAGUCAGAACGUCACAAAUGAGUUUAAAAAGACACAAACACAUUUGAAGAUGCUCAACCUGUACGGCUGGAAUUUCACCACUGGAUGGUUCUGAAUCAGUACCAACUCCUGGUGGAUCAUGGGACUAAAACAGACAGAAAAGAAAACAUGGACUCCUAGAAGCUGUUUCUGGCAGAACAAUGCCAGAGCUACUGAUGGAAGAACUGAAGGGAUUCUGGUUCUUAUCAAGAAAACAUGGAAAAUGUUGGAUAUCAGCUGAAAUUAAAUUCUUAGGAGCUAUUUUUGUUAUCUUUAUAUUUGUCCAAACACAUGGACCUUUAGUACCAGGCAUUAAAAUGAACAAGAAACUGAAGAAAACAAGGAGGUCUGAUCAUUUUUUACAUGACUGUGGUUAUGAUGAACUAUUAAUAGA